GAGCCUCGUCACUACUACUCAACCAAACAAGCAAAGAGAGAGAGAGAGAGAGAGCGCCGCCAUGGACGACCUGAGCGAAGAUGACAUGGAACUCAUUUCUCAGCUCUACCCUGGAGUGUUCACCCGAUUAGCUCCUCCACAAGGGGAGAAGCUGCCGCGGCGGAGGCGGAAGAGGAGCAAAGGACCCGAGGGCGGGGGCGGCGGAGGGGAGGGACGGGGGAAGCGGAAGCUGAGCGCGGAGCAGGUGGAGCUCCUGGAGCGGAACUUCGGGGACGAGCACAAGCUGGAGGUGGAGCGGAAGGACAGGCUGGCAGCGGAGCUGGGGCUCGACCCACGGCAGGUGGCGGUGUGGUUCCAGAACAGGAGGGCCCGGUGGAAGAGCAAGAAGCUGGAGGAGGAGUACGCCAAGCUGAAGUCCGUCCACGAGACCGCCGUCGUUGAGAAAUGCCGUCUUGAGUCUGAGGUUCUGAAGCUUAAGGAACAGCUUUCGGAGGCGGAGAUGGAGAUGAAGAGGCUCUCCAGCAACAGCCCGCGUUCCUCGGCCACCAUCGAUGCUGUGGACAAUCCCUUCUGGGGAGAUUCUGGAGUUGCUGAAGAAUGUGAUGAGCAAGAUGGGUUGUAUUGCACGCCACAGAAUGCUUACCUCCAAGGCAUGGAGUGGUUCAAUCUAUAUGUGUAGUCACUAGUUAGUGGUUAAUUACUAAUUAAGCAAAUUAUUGCUCUAGGAUGCGUGUGGAUACUGACCGUCCAAUGUAAAAAUCUGUCUUGUGGUAAUUGACUUUAGCCGUCGCGUAAUAUACGUAGCUGGACAAGAUGAUAAGCCGAACAAGGAAACUAAUCUGACGCCGGAUUUACAUGGUUCGAUCGGUAACCAUCGACGAUCGAAUUUUGUAGAGCUUUGAACAUCUCGAGUUCGUGGUGGAGUCAACUUGGGAUGGAAGGAGCCCGUUGUAUUGACAUGAUUAACUCUAUUCAGUUAAUUAGAGAUCAAAUCAGUUUGAACA